AUGCAUCUGAUCGGAUCUGACCAGCUCCACGGGUUCCAGGACCAGCUUGCCUACGACCCCCACGGCGGCGGACACCCUCGCGACGCCGAGCCUGGUUUGUCCACGGGAGGCAGGCACCCAAUCUAUCUGUGGGAAGAUGGCGUACCGACAUCGGACGAGCCUUGGCCGAGCGUUACGGAAGCUCGAGCUGGAACGGGCCCUAUGAUCGAGGCAGACGACGCUAUCGAAGAGGCAGCGCUGGAGUACCUCCGUGACCCCUCUCGACGGGAUUCGCCAUGGGCUCUAUGCGUCGGUUUCGUUGCCCCCCACUUUCCAUUCAUUGUUCCCGAACCAUACUUCUCCCUGUACUGGCCCGAGUACGCGGACCUUCCGAACAAUUCACCCGGCCAUCUCAAUAAUCUUCCGGCCGCCGCAAGUAGAUUGCGCCAGGCCUUCAACUUCAGCGGCUACAACGAAGACGAAGUGCGUACCGCUCGUGCAGCUUACUACGGCCUGAUAACUUACCUGGACGACAAGAUAGGUCGACUCCUCGACGCCCUCGAAGAUGCCGGCAUGUCAGAGAACACUGUAGUCAUCCAUACCUCUGAUCACGGCGAGUCCCUCGGCGAACAUGGUCUCUGGCGCAAGAUGAAUUUCUACGAACAAUCGGCAAGGGUCCCUCUCCAGAUCUCCUGGCCCGGGGUGAUCGAUGGAGGCCAGAGAUUCUCCGGCGCGGUAUCGCUCGUAGAUGCCACGGCAACAAUUCUCGACAUGGCUUCUGUAGACCAGAGGUCGCAGUCGUUCAUGAACUUGGAUGGCGCCUCGCUGCUCCCACAGAUGACCGGCGCCUCCGACGAACAUCGCGACGAGGCUUUCUCAGAACACCUCGCCCACGGCACGGACCGGCCACGGGCAAUGCUCAGGCAGGGCAGGUGGAAGCUCUCGUACAGCCAUCACAGCACAUCGCCCGACAUCGAACUCUACAAUCUAGAGGCCGACCCCGGUGAGUUCGUCGACCUCGCCAACGACGGAAAACACUCGGCGGUCCAAAAGCGCUUGACGAACAGAAUCAUGGACAUCUGGGGCGACGCCGACACUCUCGAUCGACAGAUCAAAGAUAGCCAGCGCUCCCGUCUCAUGAUCCGCGACGUCCUCGGAGAUGACUCCACCUUCUAA